AUGGAGGAACUGCUUGUGGAGCUUGGUAUAAGUUUGUCAUGCCACGUAAAAUUCCCUUAUUUUAUUGGGGUAUGGGGAAGGGGUGGUUUGGGGAAGACAACAGUUGCAAGAGAAAUUUUUGAUGAGAUCUCUUGUCAAUUUGAAGGGUCUUGUUUUCUUAAUGUUAGGAGAUUUUUAGAAAAGCUUGGACCGGAAGGCCCAGCACUUUUGCAACGGAAGCUUCUUAUACGAAUCUUGAAGCAACAUCCUGCGAAUAUAGCCAGUUUCAAUAAAGAAGUCAAUAUAAGCCAAAUACUUCGUUUCAAGAAGGUUUUAAUUGUUCUGGAUGAUGUGUACAAUGGCCACCAGUUGGAGUAUUUGGCUGGAGAGCAUGAUUGGUUUGGGGAUGGCAGUAGAAUCAUUACAACCACUAGAAACAUUGAUUUACUUAGCAAUCAUGAUGAGUUAUAUCAUGUCCCAGAACUGACUAACCAUGAGGCUUUAGAGCUUUUUAGUUGGCAUGCCUUUCGACAAGGAACUCCUGUUAAAGAGUUUGAAGAGUUCUCAUGCUGUGUAGUAGAUUAUGCUAAAGGCUUACCCUUAGCCUUGGAGGUGUUGGGUUCUUGUCUUUACAAACAAGGGAUGGAAGAGCAUAGCAGUGCAUUGCAUAGACUCAAUGAUUUUGGAGAUGGAAAAAUUGUUAAGCUACUUAGCUUAAGUCUAGAUGCACUGUGUGGAAAAUACAAGAAUAUGUUUCUUCACAUUGCAUGCUUCUUUAGAGGAAAAAAGAAAAACCAUGUAAGGACAAUACUGAAUAAAUUUGGCUUCAAAUCAGACAUGGGGAUAGACAUCCUUACUGAAAGAUCACUUUUAUAUGUCUCAGAAGGAAUGGUUGAGAUGCGUGAUUUUAUAGUACAAACGGGUCGCCAAGUGGAACGUGAUGCUGAGCAAGACAAGCCAUUGAAUCACAGUAGACUAUGGCAUGAAAAUGAUAAGAAAACUGUUUUUUCUGCAAAUCAGAGGACAGAGUCAAUUAAAGGCAUAAUGGUACCAAUUAGCUCAGACUAUCAUAGAUGCAAGUGGAGCAAAGUUUUCAGAAACAUGCCUUGUCUUAGGUUACUCAUUGUUAAAGGGGAGGAGGUUCGACGGCAUGACCCUAUUUGUGACAAAAUUGAGUGUCUGCCCAGUAACUUGAAAUGGCUUGAUUGGUCAUACUAUGGUUUUGAAUCUUUACCAGCAGAUUUUGAACCAGGAAACCUUGUUGGCCUCAACAUGACUUUUAGUUCCUCAAUCGCAUUUGACAAGUUGACAAUCCUCAAUUUAAGUUUUUUAGGAAGUUUACUCCGAACACCCAAUUUUUGUGAAACUCCAAACUUGCAGAAGAUUAUACUGAAAAGUUGUGUAAGCUUGAUAGAAAUUCAUCCAUCCAUUGGAAAUCUCAAGAAGAUUAUCUUUUUGAAUAUGGAAAACUGCAAAAAUCUCAAGUCUUUACCAAGAAAUAUUCAAAUGGAAUCUCUUGAAAGCUUCAACCUAUCAGGUUGUGAGAAAUUAGAAAAAAUUUCAGAAAUUCGAGGGAAUAUGGAAUUUCUAUCAGAGCUCCUUCUGGCACAUACUGCAAUUUGGGAAUUGCCAUCAUCAAUAGGACAGCUGAGUGGUAUCAGCUUGCUUGAUUUGAGUUCAUGUGAAAACCUUGUAAGACUCCCAGCCAGUGUCUCUGAUAUGAGAAAAUUGAAAAUUUUGACUCUGAAAGGCUGCUCAAGACUUGCAAGCUUUCCUGAAAAUUUAGGUUAUCUAAACCAGUUGGAGGAGCUCUAUGCUGGUAACACUGCCAUUUGGAAACUACCAGAUUCUAUUGGAAACUUGAGCAAACUUAAAAUCCUAUCGUUAAGAAGAGGGCGGAAGGUAAAGCGUCAAUCUGCUCGCAGUUUGAUAUUACCCUCUUCCUGAGUGUUUCAUGGUUUGAAGGAAUGGAAAAGCUUAGAUCUCAGUGGAUGCAAUUUAUGUGAUAACCAAGCUGCUGCUCUUAUGAACUUCCCUUCUUUAUUGGGCGAAUCGAGCGAGUAAAUAAGUUUAUUUCAUUACCUGAUAUCAUCAGUGGACUUUCACAGCUUCGAUAUCUCAACAUAACACAAUGUCAGGAACUUAAGGAACUACCCAAACUUCCUCUAAGUAUAGAGGAAUUAUAUGCAGAAGAUUUCUUGGCCAAACAAAGUAUUGCAAAGCUACCAAUGUACGCAAGGUUGAAUUUGGUCUCAUUCACCAAUUAUAGUUUUGAUCAACAAUCUUAUAUAGAGGAGAGCAAUGGUAGCUCAGUUUUGGAUGAGAUUCUCGGCCUGUUUCUCUCAAACGACAUGGAUAAUGUGAUCCAGCCCUCUCUUAAUUCCAAUCACAGGGGGACUUUUUCCACUGUCUUUCCUGAAUGUGCGAUUCCCAGGUGGUUUAAGCAUCAAAGUAUUGAGGAAAAGAUCUUGUUCAAAUUGCCCAUUGAUUGGUAUAAUGACAAGUUCAAGGGCUUUGCUAUAUGCUAUGUAACUCUCAUGGAAGCAGGUGCUUCCAAUCCGGUUGUGGCUAUCCGAGAAGUAUGACUAUGCUUUCAUCAAAGCCAAAUUGAUAUGCAGUGAUCAUUUGAAAGACCUAAAAGUGCUAGAGAAAGAAUGUAAAGUGGGCACGGCAUCCAGAACUUAUGGCUGGUGUGUUUGCUUUGCCUACAUACCAUUGUAUUCUUCACUGCAAGUGUUUGGCACAAAUUUUGGAAACAUUAACCAGUAUGGCCUAUUUGAGGCAUCUAUCCCUGGGCGCAUUGUGAGACAAUGGGGAGUUCAUAUAAUCUAUGAGGAUGGAAGAAAUUUUUUUUUUUUGAAAAAAUACUGAAGUAUUGAUCUCAUAGAAGGUAAGCGGAAGAGAGCUGGG